ACUGGCACACACAGACAUAUGUACACUUGAUAAACAGGGCGUGUGUGCGUAAAUGCGAAUACGAUUGUUGUGCGAGUGUGCGUAAUCAUCGUCUCGUACUGUUCUUUUUAAUUCCAAUAAGUAAUUUCAAGUUGUGUUAAUACUUCGAUAUUAACAUUUAUUUUUGGUAAGUGUUUACUUAUUCUAAUUUUUCGGUUUUUUAUUAUUUGUUUCGCGAGUUGCAUUUAAAGUAUAAAUACUACUAGUCUGAUCAUUAUCAAACAUAGCCACUAUGUGCAAAAUUUCUAUUAAUUUGUCAUAGCGAUCCGUAUGUGUAAUCGCUCGUCUGUCACAGCUCGACGAUGCGCGAGUUCAAAGUUGUUGUGCUGGGUUCCGGUGGUGUGGGCAAAAGUGCCCUGACCGUCCAAUUUGUUUCUGGCCGUUUCAUGGAGAAGUAUGAUCCGACCAUAGAAGAUUUUUACAGGAAAGAAAUUGAAGUGGACAGCUCUCCCUGUGUACUUGAAAUACUGGAUACUGCUGGUACUGAACAGUUUGCCAGUAUGCGUGACUUAUACAUAAAAAAUGGACAGGGUUUUGUUGUUGUGUACAGCCUAACUAAUCACCAAACUUUUCAAGAUAUUAAACCUAUGAAAGAACUCAUUACUCGAGUUAAGGGAUCCGAAAAAGUACCAAUUCUUUUAGUAGCAAAUAAAAUUGAUUUGGAACAUCAACGUGAAGUACCAACUAUUGAAGGUAAUACUUUAGCUCAGAUUUGGGGCUGUCCUUUUGUUGAGGCUAGUGCAAAAAAUCGUACCAAUGUGAAUGAAGUUUUUGCGGAAAUUGUUCGUGAAAUGAACUUUAGCAAUGACAAAGAGAAAAAGAGUUAUUGCUGCUGUACAGUUCUAUAAGCCAUAUUUUUAGAAUUUUUGUUUUUGUGUGCAUUAAUGUCAAAUGCUACUGAUGAUUUCAUUAUUUUGGGAAUCGUUUUAAAAAUUCAAAAUCAAUAGAAAUGGUACCAGUAACUGUUCAUAUUACGAUUUACAUAUCCUGCUACAAAGGGUACGUUUUUUAAAGACUGUUGAAAUAUUGAUAAUAUACUACAAACGUUAAAAAAUCUUUUUUUCUAUGUUUUAUUGAACACAAAUAAUGACACACUAGUGUAUGUGCCAGUUUUGUUACAAAUAUAUAAAAUGUUCUUUUUA